AUAAUUUGGUGACAUAUGAAUUCUGAAAUUGUAGAAGGGCAGUUGAACUGCAAAAUCACUGGAUACAGCAUACUACAGUGAAUGGGAAUAUUUUAGACAUAUAACUGCAGUUAUACAGUGUUACUUCAACUUGCACAAGUAGGCUCUGAAGAUACUUACAUUUAUAUCAGAGAAAAACCCUCAUGCAGAGUUUCAACAUGCCUAUGAGACACUGUGCAGUAUUCUACUCUGAUAGCCAAUUGGGACAAGGCAUAUCAUAAGAUCUUCCAAUCAGUUUUGACAAAGCCUGUCUGUCCACUGUAUCGUGGAACUAUAAAUAGCCCCACCCACCGAAUUUGGUAUCACACUGACUUCUUACUACAGACUCCUAAAGGUCUGCCUGUAAGUGUUGAACUAAAAGAAGAUUCAUUUUCUCCGCACCACAUCUUGAAUCUUCUCAGCUUAAACAUGCGUGAGUGCAUCUCCGUCCACGUGGGUCAGGCUGGAGUCCAGAUUGGCAAUGCCUGCUGGGAGCUCUACUGCCUGGAGCAUGGGAUCCAGCCGGAUGGACAGAUGCCCAGUGACAAGACCAUUGGAGGAGGAGACGACUCCUUCAACACCUUCUUCAGUGAGACUGGGGCUGGAAAGCAUGUCCCCAGGGCUGUGUUUGUGGACCUGGAGCCCACAGUUAUUGAUGAGGUGCGUACUGGGACCUAUCGUCAGUUAUUCCAUCCUGAACAGCUCAUCACUGGCAAAGAGGAUGCUGCCAACAACUACGCUCGUGGACACUACACUAUUGGCAAAGAGAUCAUCGACCUGGUGCUGGACAGGAUCCGCAAACUGGCUGACCAGUGUACAGGCCUUCAAGGCUUCCUGGUUUUCCACAGCUUUGGAGGUGGCACCGGCUCUGGUUUCACUUCCCUGCUGAUGGAGCGCCUGUCUGUUGACUAUGGCAAGAAGUCCAAGCUGGAGUUCUCCAUCUACCCAGCUCCCCAGGUGUCCACAGCUGUGGUGGAGCCCUACAACUCCAUCCUGACCACCCAUACCACCCUAGAGCACUCUGACUGUGCCUUCAUGGUGGAUAAUGAGGCUAUCUAUGACAUCUGCCGUAGGAACCUCGACAUUGAGCGUCCUACCUACACCAACCUCAACAGGCUCAUUAGCCAGAUCGUUUCUUCCAUCACUGCUUCCCUUCGAUUUGAUGGUGCCCUCAAUGUUGAUCUGACAGAGUUCCAGACCAACUUGGUGCCCUACCCCCGUAUCCAUUUCCCUCUGGCCACCUAUGCUCCAGUUAUCUCUGCAGAGAAGGCUUACCAUGAGCAGUUAACUGUCUCUGAAAUAACCAAUGCCUGCUUUGAACCAGCCAAUCAGAUGGUGAAGUGUGACCCUCGCCACGGCAAGUACAUGUCAUGCUGCCUUCUGUACCGUGGUGACGUGGUACCCAAAGAUGUCAAUGCUGCCAUUGCCACCAUCAAGACCAAACGUUCCAUUCAGUUUGUUGACUGGUGUCCAACUGGCUUCAAGAUUGGCAUCAACUAUCAGCCUCCCACUGUAGUCCCUGGUGGAGACCUGGCCAAAGUCCAGAGGGCUGUGUGCAUGCUGAGCAACACCACUGCUGUGGCAGAGGCCUGGGCUCGGCUUGACCACAAGUUUGACCUGAUGUACGCCAAACGUGCCUUUGUGCACUGGUAUGUGGGUGAGGGCAUGGAGGAGGGAGAGUUUGCUGAGGCCAGAGAGGACAUGGCAGCCCUGGAGAAAGAUUAUGAAGAGGUGGGACGUGACAGUGGUGAAGGAGAUGAGGACGGGGAAGAGUAUUAGAAAUGUCCGUCUUUCUUUCUCUGUCUUUCAAACUCUUUAUGACCCUCUUCUUUCCUUUCUCUUUUCCAUAUAUCCACCUUUACCUUUUCAUUCUCCCUUUCCAUAGAUCCACCUUUAUCUUUUCAUUCUCCCAUUCCAUAUAUCCACCUUUAUCUUUUCAUUCUACCAUUCCAUAGAUCCACCUUUAUCUUUUCAUUCUCCCUUUCCAUAGAUCCACCUUUACCUUUUCAUUCUCCCUUUCCAUAUAUCCACCUUUAUCUUUUCAUUCUCCCUUUCCAUAGGUCCACCUUUAUCUUUUCAUUCUCCCAUUCCAUAUAUCCACCUUUAUCUUUUCAUUCUGCCUUUCUAUAUAUCCACCUUUAUCUUUUCAUUCUCCCAUUCCAUAUAUCCAUCUUUAUCUUUUCAUUCUCCCUUUCUAUAUAUCCACCUUUACCUUUUCAUUCUCCCUUUCCAUAGAUCCACCUUUACCUUUUCAUUCUCCCUUUCCAUAGAUCCACCUUUAUCUUUUCAUUCUGCCAUUCCAUAUAUCCACCUUUACCUUUUCAUUCUGCCAUUCCAUAUAUCCACCUUUACCUUUUCAUUCUCCCUUUCCAUAGAUCCACCUUUAUCUUUUCAUUCUCCCUUUCCAUAUAUCCACCUUUAUCUUUUCAUUCUCCCAUUCCAUAUAUCCACCUUUAUCUUUUCAUUCUCCCUUUCCAUAGAUCCACCUUUAUCUUUUCAUUCUCCCAUUCCAUAUAUCCACCUUUAUCUUUUCAUUCUGCCAUUCCAUAUAUCCACCUUUAUCUUUUCAUUCUGCCUUUCUAUAUAUCCACCUUUAUCUUUUCAUUCUCCCAUUCCAUAUAUCCACCUUUAUCUUUUCAUUCUGCCUUUCCAUAGGUCCACCUUUAUCUUUUCAUUCUCCCAUUCCAUAUAUCCACCUUUAUCUUUUCAUUCUGCCUUUCUAUAUAUCCACCUUUAUCUUUUCAUUCUGCCUUUCUAUAUAUCCACCUUUAUCUUUCCAUUCUGCCAUUCCAUAGAUCCACAUGUUCUAUUAUUUCCAUCCACUACACUCCUAACCUCAGCCAAAAAGCACUUUAAUUUUGACAAGAAAUGUAUAUUGUAUGGAAAACUACAUGUUUACUUUUCGUAAUUUUCAGGUUCCCCUUUAGAGGUGUUCAUACCAUUAGUUUAUAAUCCUCUCCCUUAUGUGUAUUCUUAUAUUGGUGGCUUAGACAAAUUCAUUGGAUUCUAGGAACACUGUUAACAAUCACACAAUUUCAAAUAAUGUCUAUCAGUGGAGGCUGCUGAGGGGACGACAGCUCAUAAUAAUGGAUGGAAUGGAGUGAAUGGAAUGGUACCAACCACAUGGAAACCACGUGCUUGAUGUGUUUGAUACCAUUCCAUUGACUCCAUUCCAGACAUUAUUAUGAGCUGUCCUCCCUCAGCGCUGCUGUCUAUUAUGGAUUCAUAAUAAUCUAUAAAUAUGUUUUUUUAACUACUAACAUAAAGAACUUAAAGUUUAAAUAAUUUCAGUAUUGAACUUUGUCAUGAGACCUUUUCUUUAAGAGUGGUGCUUGUGUUUGUUAGUUUGCUCUGCAACCUAACCACUUUCAUGUCUAGAGGGCAGUGUCGUGCAAUAAAUACAUGUCCAUUUCCUUCUGUGAA